AGUGUGACACCCACCGGAAGAAAGCGGUACGCUGUCGCCGUUGCGAAUCUAUUCAUAUUUGAAAUGUCUUCAGUUGAGUAUUUGAGAGAGUUUGUCAGCGAGCGACUAUCCGCUGCUGCUGAAGAAAUAUGUGGAGUUUUUGUGAAAACCAUCUUCGAGUACGAGGAAGAGAUCGACCGGCAGCGCAGAUUGUUGGAUGUCGUGUGGAAACCACAUAUUAAGUUACACAGACUGGAGCUCCCAGAGUCACGUGUCUGUAAGCAGGAGGAGGUUCUCUCUGACCAGCAGCUGUGUCUCCGGGAGUGGAACCAGGAGGACGCAGAUGCUCCACGGAUUAAGGAGGAACAGGAGGAACUCUGCAGCAGUCAGGAGGGAGAGCAGCUUGAACCGAAGCAGGAGGCAGACACCUUUACGUUGAGUCCCACCUGUGAGGAAACUGAUCACAGCGACGAUGAUCAACUUCUGGAUUGGUCCACACCCACAUCCACAAGUGUGGUACAGGAAACACCUCUAGGCUACAUUUCAUUUGAACCGAAAAAUGAGCACCAGCUUCUCUCUUACAACUCUCGCAAAGCUGAAAGCGAAAAUCGGAAAAGAGGCAGACAUGGAGACUCUGAAUCAACCGCAAAUAGAGAGCCCAAAUUCAAUAAAAAAAAGCACAAAAGGGGCAUUCAAAGUAACAAUGCACAUAGCCCCACCAUGCCAACGACGGCCUCCAAUGCAAUCACGGGUAAAGAGUUUUUGCAAUGUGACGAAUGUGGACAGCAUUUUAAGUACAAGUCCACACUGGAGAGACACAUGAGGGUCCAUACAGGUGAGAAACCACAUCCGUGUAGCACGUGUGGAAAAAGAUUUGGUAGGUCAACGACGUUGAAAAGUCAUAUGAGAACACACACAGGCGAGAGGCCGUAUUCUUGCAUCACCUGUGGGAAGAUAUUCAGUCAGAUGUCGACAUUGAACAGCCAUUUAAAAAUACACUCGGGUGAGAAACCGUAUCCUUGCGUCACAUGCGGAAAAGUAUUCCGUCGGGCAUCUCUUUUGAGUUCCCAUUCAAGAAUCCACACGGGUGAAAAACCAUUUUCUUGCAAAAUGUGUGGGAAAAAGUUUAAUCGGAAAUCGGUAUUGAUCACUCACGUAAGAAUCCAUACAGGUGAAAAACCGUAUUCGUGCAACACUUGUGGAAAAAGAUUCAGUUGGAACAAACUAUUAAAUGCUCAUACAAGAGUCCAUACAGGUGAGAAGCCUUAUUCUUGCAAGUUGUGUGGGAAAAGAUUUAGUUGGACGUCACAAUUGAGAACUCACAAAAGAGUCCACACAGGUGAGGAGUCAUAGCCUCGACCACCGUAGGAACAUAUUCCUAGUAAAUAUAUUUUCUUUCAUUGGAAAGGUAUAAAAGAAAGCAUUCUAUUAAAACCAACACAGAGCCAAAUGAAUGCAAAACGGGUGGAAAAAUCUUAAAUGUCAUACAACAACCCAUAAAUAGGGAAACACAUCGUUCACUCUGUUUUCUCCCAGUAAAACAAAUAGAUCUUUGCAAUGGCGUUGUCUUGAUAAUUGCUGUAUAACAACAAACAUUUUCCUUAAAGAAGGGUCAAAAUAUUUUGUCGUGAUUUAGUACUUCAUCAACAAAGCCAUCAUUAUUUGUUUAACCUUGUUUAUGUCCUUCAUGUUAUAUCAUUCGUAUUGCAUUUUGUGAUAGGUCAAGUUUCAUAUAGGUUCACGUGUGUGAAAAAUGAACACGUACAAAUGUCAUUAGUUUACAUGAUAAUUUUCAUCUGUGUUUUUUGAAAAGAACUUUGUCGGUCACACUCAACAUGCUUCAUGUGAGGAGGCCCUUGGCCUCCAGGUAAUACAAUAUGAGGGCCGUGUAAAUAUUCCUGACUGACAGUCUGAAACAAGGGUAACACAAAAAAUGGUUUUACUCUCCAAGGUAGUGUGAUAAUAUUCUGUAUGAUUUGGGAAAUACUGUAUAAAGCUGUGUGAAUUUCCGGUUAGUUCAAGUUUUUGGUAUGAUAUGAAUAUGCAUGCUUCACCAAGAUCUCCUCCGUCCAGAUUUGUGUAAGAAUACCCCGAUAUAAAAAGUAUUAUACGGUAUUCAUGAAUUUACUCUAUAUAAUAAUCAAUGUUAAGUCUGACUUGAAUUAAUGGGGUGGGAAAAAUAAGUUUACCCACUGUUCAGUCUUUAUGAACUGAAAUGAAUAUGUCGAACAGAACCUGUCUUUAAAAUGUUAUAUUGUAUUGUUAUGAAUCACAGUGCCGGCUUAUGAUAGUCUGUUACACUACAAGUUAUACAACAGUUCUAUAACAAUUUUGAAAUGCAUGUAAGUGUAAUCUCCAGUAAAUGGACAGUGUUUAGGCUCAUUCAAAGGGUGAAGGUCUACUGAGUUCAGAGCAAAAGUGCAAGCAGUUAAACAUUUACACAAUUACAAGUACCAAUUUUCCAUUACAGUAAAAAAUGGUGUCAAGACAAAGUGUAUGGCGUAGUGUGUACUUUUUAAUGGCAGCUCCAGUAGGUAUUAAAAAGACAAUAUUUAACCAUAUUUCAUUUUAAACAAAAUAAGUAGUGAGCGUCCUGAUCCGUGUCGACGAAAGAAGACCAGCGACAAGAAAUUUUUUAAUACUGUCCUCUGUUCUUUCUCAUUUCUCCGCAUAAGUAGUCGUAAAUAAGUGACUCUUGCAGGCCGAUACAACUGACCAGCAGGAUAUCAAUGUACCU